GACACUGAUUUCAUGUGUCCAACAUUGUAUUAUUCUUUUUUUAAUGAUAUGCGCGAACGCAUCAUUGUUCUACUGACGACCUGACGCGAGUGUUCGUGCUGUUUUUCCCAGUCCAACUUGCUGCCACCGCCAUCGGCUUUUCCAGACGCGUUUCGGGGGCUGCAACCGAUAACCCGCACGCACGCACGCACGCACGCACGCGUGGUCGGACUUUCGCAGAAUAUUUGAGGCACCUGAUGUCACAGUGGACUGGAAGCUGCAGUUUUGCAAUUCAUCGGCUGCAAAGGGAGCAGCUGGAGUUCUCAUCCGGACUGGAUGAACGCUUGCAUGGGCGCCGUUUGAUGUGCGCUCAUCGGACUAUAUUAAUCUUUUUUGGUUUUGUGUGUGUGUGUGUGCAUUUUUUUUUUCUUCCUGCGGGCAACUUUAGGACGCUUCGAGCACGCAAAAGACAAAGUGAUGCUUUGAGGAGACGCCAUUCAACACAUUUCGUUCCUUACCUUCUUGAUGCUUCUUCAGCGGGAUUUUACAGACAUCCAAUCCAAUCGAUUUUCUUGAACGAAAAUGAUUGAAACAUGCGCCCGGUUUCCCUUUCUUCAUCUUCCAGCCAAAGAGGACGACAAGCAACCCAACAACAAAGGCAUCUUUUAUAAGUUGAUUUUAGACCGUUUUGUUUAACAUUUGUUUGUAACCGGAACGAGUUUGCGUCGCGUUGUCUUUUCCUCUUUGAAAAGAGGAUGCAGCAAUUCCACUUUUGGACUUUGAAUGAAGACAUUUUGCCUCCUUUUGAUUUUGGGGUGACUUCCCCUCAUAUCACUCCAAGAAACAUGUUGCAUAUCCUUCUGCCUCUGUCUGUGGUGUCACUUUUCAGAGUGGCCGACAGCCGAGCGGUAGAGGGAUUGCAAAGAUAUACUUCGAUCCCCACGUACCUUCCCGUCACCUACCAGCUGCUCAACACUGACUUGGCAUUCUUCCUAAAGGAAAGCAAUCAAGACUUCAUGAGGAACUCUAGUCUAAUGUCGCGCACUGAGUCUUUCUUCAUCUACCAGGCCAGGAGUUUGCCCUCAGUCAAUUCCAGCUAUGGGCCCCUCUCUGUGGAGCAGACAAUCCCCUUAGAACUCCUCCAGAGUCCGGGCGCCUUUCCUGCCUCUUCACUUUUUACGGUGAAUUGGAAGGUUCAGACUUUUAUCAUGAAUACCAAGAUUCACCUGGCCAAGCCCAAAGUUCAGGUUCUAUUUUACAUUGCAGGCAGGGACUGGGAUGACUACAGUGCCAUCAACAAGCUUCCCUGUGUGCACAUGUUUGCCUUUCACGAGACCCAAGAGGUGCACGGCAGCUGCCAGCUGCAGGGGGAUUUGGGGCUUUGCGUGGCUGAGCUGGAGCCUUUGGCCAGCUGGUUCAGCCCCCCGAGUGUGGUGCCGGGACGCCAGAGGAACCUGGAAGUAUCUGAGGGCACCCCAGUGGAGCUCUACUACAUCCUGCAAUCCACAGAGGGAGGCGAGUGCCAUUCCGAGGAGGCCAAGAAGGAAAACUUCCUCCGCUCGAGCCGGGAAGGGCUUUUGGCUUCCUAUACUUCCACGCCUCUAAGAAGGAUCGGCGGUGUGAGACUCUACCAGAAUCCCAGUCCACUCCAACUGGCUGAACACAGACUGGAUCAUAACUUCAUGGUUUUGGUGCCCGCCACACCAGUGAGUCAGAGAGAAACUGUCUCAGCCUACGUCACCGUGUCAGCCUCUUCUUCUGUGGAGAUGUUCACUCUCAGGGUGAAGUUGAGAGAAGGCGUGACGUUCCUCGGGGCCCGUCCCAGCAACCCCACGCAGUGGUUCGUGAGCCAGGAUGUGAGGAGCGAAGGCCACCGUGUGGUGACCCUGCGUUGCCAAAGGAAGGAGUCCAACUUCGAUCAGGACAGGGAGGAUCUGAGCGUUCAGAGGGUGUUGCAGGUGGAUCUGAAAAUUGAGAGCUUCCCAGAGCUGCCGGGCAGCCGCUGGUUGGCGUGGCAGGUGGAAUACCCGGCCGGCCGCUCUGCCACGCAGGAGGCCGACACUGAGAUCCGACUUGCACAAGAGGAUGUGGCGGGCAUCGUGCCCUUGGCCAUGAAUACUGAGAUUCUAAACACAGCCGUCCUGACCGGGAAGACUGUGGCCGUCCCUGUGAAGGUGGUAACCAUCGGAAUAGACGCUACCGUUGUUGACGUCUCCGAAGCGGUGGAGUGUUGCACCACAGAUGAAGACGUGGUCAAGGUGUCAGAGAGGUGUGACUAUGUUUUUGUGAAUGGCAAAGAGAUGAAGGGCAAAGUGAAGAUGGCGGUGAACUUCACCUACGCCUACGUGAGUGCUCAGCUGGAGCUCGAUGUGUGGAUCCCUCGGCUUCCCCUCCAAAUCGAAGUGUCUGAUACGGAGCUGAGCCAGAUCAAAGGGUGGCGGGUGCCCGUCGUGGCCAGCAGUGCCAGGUCCACACGUGACAGUGAGGAUGAUGAUGAUGAAGAAAGACGAGGACGAGGCUGUACCCUGCAGUACCAGCACGCCAUGGUCAGAGUCCUGACGCAUUUCGUGGCCGAAUCCGCCGAUGCCAGGAGCCAGAGCAGCUACAUGUUGGGCACCGAUUGGCAGGUGGACAUCACAGAGUUAGUGUGGGAAUUUGUCAAGGUGGACAACCCUCAGAUCGCAAAGCUACUGGACAGACGGAUACUUGUGGGACGCGGCGUAGGAAUGACCACCAUCCAGGUGCUCUCUCCUCUGUCAGACUCGAUCCUGGCAGAGAGGACCAUCACGGUGGUGGAUGACAAAGUGACCAUCACAGAGUUGGGGGUCCAGUUGGUCACAGGGCUCUCCAUGAGCCUGGAACUCAGUCCAGGCAGCAACAGAGCCAUCGUCGCUACCACCACCGCACAAGAGGUUCUGCAGAGCCCCAAGCAGGAGGCCUUGAUCAGCGCCUGGUUGCAGUUCAGCGACGGCUCCGUGGCUCCUUUAGACCUGUACAACUCGGACUUGUUCGUCCUGACGGCCACGUCCCUGGAUGAGGACGUGGUGACGGUGCAGCAGAACCCGUCGUGGAAAUGGCCCGCCAUUGUGACAGAGGCGGAGGGCCAAGGCCUGCUGCUCAGGGUGGAAAUGAGCGUUUGUGAGAUUUGCCAGAAAUUCAAACGGCGUAGUAUCCUGGCAACGGGCAACUGUAAUGUCAAGGUGAAGUUCGGUUACGCUGACAGCUCCAGGGGAGGGAGCAAUGACUACGGCACCGAUGGCGAGGAAAUGGAGAACAGAGGAAGGCCGCCCUCAGCCGACAGGACGGGGCUCGACAGCAGCUACUACGGCAGCUCGAUAUCGGACUUGGGGCAAGGGGUGUCGAACGGGGCCACCACCACUGGAAGCGCAAUCAUGCGCAGACCCAACGGGGAUAAACUCUCUGGCGAUGGGAGAGAGAGUAAGCCGAUCGACUUUGCCGACUUUCCCGCUCAAGUGGACCUGCCCCGUGGGCGCAACAUGGAAGAUGACCUCGUACAGACUGCCCGUGGUCUCACCGAUCUGGAGAUUGGCAUGUACGCCCUCCUGGGGGUAUUCUGCCUUGCUAUCCUGGUGUUUCUUAUCAACUGCAUCUCCUACACGCUGAAAUACCGCCACAAAGAGCUGUCCGUCGAGGGCCAAGAGAACAUGAACCACGCCCACGACUGGGUGUGGCUGGGAAACGAGGUGGAGCCGCUGGAGAGCGAAAUCAGCUUGUCGCCGCAGCAGGAGGAGCAGACCUCCAUGAUAGACUCGAGCAGCGGGCCGGAGGAAGGCGGCCGCUUGUUGAACGGAGGCUCGGCCCAGAAGAACGUUCAGAGCCAAGUGCACCGGGCGGCCGACGCGGGCUGCCCGGCCAAGCACGGCAAGGGAGAAUCGCCGACCACAAAGAGGAAGCGGGUGCAGUUCACCACAUUCACCGCCACGCCCUCACACGCCGGCUGCGCGACUGUUAGCACGCUGACCCGAUGCCACAAGCAGGACAUCAAGUGGGUGUGUCAGGACGUGGCUCUCGGAGACGCCAAGGAGUUACGCAAUUACAUGGAAAGGUUAAAUGACAGCACUUCAAAGGAGGGGGCGUAAUACGCUGACGCACUCGUAACAACUCACCCUUUUGCCUUUCAGGGGAAAGUGGCUCAAAACAUUUGCUGGAGAAUCAUAUCCAACCUGCCAAAGGCUCAAUGUCACUUUGCCACAAAUGUCAUGUGACACGUGAGAAAUACCUCAUUGAAUGAGGACUUGGUGGAAUCUUCGGUUUUGUUUCGUUCAUCAGUCUUUGUUUUAUUAUUAGUAACUUUCCCAGUAAGGAUCUGCUGCCGAUACACCUGUGAAAUUCAAAUGGCAUGUAGAAUUUAAAAGAAACGAUAGAUGUUCCGAAUGUUUAUGAUGCAUAUUAAACCGUUUUGGGGCGCUUUGUAACACUUUGGUUGUUGGUUUCUAAGGAAAAAGAAAGGCCAAACGAAAUGUGUGCAUGUAAUUGGAAAGAAAUGGGCACAAUGUUUUGUUCCUCAUCAUCGUCCCAACGAGGCCAAGUGUGCAACCUCAUACAAAGUACUGUAUUGUUUCUCUGUAUAUUGUAUUUUCAGAACAUUUAAGGAAUAUACAACAAUGUCAAGAGUGAGUAUUUAGCUUUUAUUGAGUUGAGCGUCUUCAAACAUCUCAUUCGUCUGGGGAACCGUUGUUGUUUUGCAAGCACAGGGUUUGACCAAAUUACACAUCAAUCCUCAUGUUAAGAGUAUUUUAUGGGACGCAAUUUAGCCACACGGCAAGGAAAACUGUGGCCAUUCAAGCAAAUCAGUCCUCACAGGGCAGCGAUCGCAUUGAAGGGCUUUUAAAUGGCGGGACAACAUGGUAAUGUGACAUUUCUUAUGCUGCCCCUGAGUUUUGUGAGCUUUGAAGAAAAUACCAAUUAAGGUCUUGUUAACCUCUGCCGUAGCUGCCAGGAGAGCAUCCAGAUGGACAAAGUGGGGGGCGGUCGCAAGCUGAGGUAUAAUUACAAGCAAGGAUGGACGGGGUUUUUUUCAUAAUGGCACAAAUAAUAAUCAUCUUUCAAAAUGUCCCAAACAAAGGCAGCCGUCUGAAAAAAUGGAUUUUUCUCACUGAACGUUAUUAUUAUCACAGUUGGUGUCGACUUUUUUAUUUUGUUGUUCCUGCGUGUGUGUUAUUAUUUUCCAUCAAGCGAAGAAAUGCUCCCAUUAUG